AUGCAUUUUUUAUGGAUUGAGGGUAAGGACAACGCUAGCGAUGUGUUGACCAAACCUCUCGGUCAUGCAGUUGCUUGGCCUUUGAUUCAGCCUUUGUUGUUUUGGAAAGGUGAGACGAAAUCUCCCGUUCGUUCUGUUUCGAGUACCUCACAGUGGGGAGUGUCAACUGGAAUGACAGUUUUGAGUACCGGUUCGCGCGAUGGCGCGCACUACUUGGGUCGUGGCACCCAAGGCGAGCCUGUCAAAACUAAUCUUGUGUGUUUGGUCACAAAUCCCGACACGGAUGUUUUUGGACAGGCGCAAUCCCAGCUGAGUAUUCAGAAACAUGAUGUGACUGUUUCGGGACUCGAUCGUUGCCAUGCUAAGGAGCAUGGUAACUAUGAUGAAUGUGCCCACGGUGCCAUGUAUAACACCGUGGAGAAUAGUGGAACGGACCAUGAUGGCGCUUGGCAGAUCGUGGGGCCGAAUGGAAAGUGA